GGUACUGAUGUUAAAUGGUGAAGAAGUUGAGGAGACAGAACUGGCAGGGUUUGAAUCAGACCAACAGACAUUUCUGUGUGCUAAUGUCGUCCACAAUCAACUGCUACAGAUCACUCCUGUAUCUGUGCGACUUGUGAGCUGCGAGUCACGUCGACUAGUUAGUGAGUGGAAACACUCUGGAGGAAAAAACAUCAGUCUGGCUUCCUGUAACACUGCCCAGGCUGUGGUCGCUGUCGGCAGUGAACUGUACUACCUGGAGAUAGGACAGGGAGAGGUCAAAGAAGUCAG